CAUUUAGCAACAAAUCAACCUGCCUCUAGCAACUUACACUGAAAAUUUGUUGGGUCUAUCCAGUUAGCCAACUACCGGUAACUUGAAGUGGCUACUGUAGCAUGCAUGGAACUAAACUUAAAGUUCAUAAGUAUUUUGUAUGUUAAAUGUCACAACGCUUGAUUUGAGAAAUCGGUCCCACCGUUUGAGAAAACAAAAACUUUUGUUGAAUUCAUUGCGUUUUUGGAGCACGAGCAAUGGAAGAGUUGAGCGAGUCUUCACCUGCUUUGGCGUUCGAGAAGGAAGCAUUUGAGCUGACUGUGGAAGAUGUUUAUGACAUUUCAUACGUGAUUGGCAGAGAUUUGCUGAAAAUAAGUACUACAGGUGAGGAAGUCUCCGAUUUGCAAUUCAAAAUUGUCCGGGUUUUGGAGAUGUUUGAAACGUUAGUGAAUAAGUAUAACCUGUCACUGGAGGAGCUGAAAAUGGAACGAGACAACUUGAAGAGUGAGCUGGAUAGAAUCGUGAGAGAAAGUUCUGCCGGGCAGGAAGCGCAAACACUAGGACCAAACAAACUGGUGGUGGACCUGAAAGAUCCCAAUAGACCACGCUUCACAAUGCAGGAACUGAAGGAGGUGCUUCAGGAGAGGAACCAGCUCAAGGCCCAGCUACUGGUGGCGCAAGAAGAGUUGCAACUCUACAAGAGUGGGAUGCUGCCACAGGGUGAGCAAGCCAUGGUAGAGGUUGACUUAGUAUCUCCAUCCCCUUCGAAACCUGUUCCUGACACAACAGAUGAGACUAAAGAGGAACCUAACGAAGGAAUGACCACCAUCAGAAAGCUGUUUUCAUUCAGACGGAAAUAAGGACAACCUAUGAGAACAAGGACCUAAGGCAUUACUAACGAUAAACCAAACAUUUUUAUGCACAUGCUUUUUAUCAAUGCUUUGUAAUAGAUCAGUUUUCAGUAAUGAAUUUAAAUGUUUUUAACUGGAAUAAUUUUGGCUUUUGAAA